GGAAAUUUGAAAAUUGAGUGCCCUAGAUAGGGUUUUGGUAUUGGCCGAAUUUGGGGUUUUUUUCUGGGUUCUGAGUAAUUGGGGGGUUUCGGGGAAGCUGACGAGAGAUUCGUGUGUGAAAAUGGAUUCGGAAGCGCAAAACGCGUCGUUGAAUCCAUCGCAAGUGCUGGCUUCACUCCUCAGUAAGAGAACCAAGCUUCAAGACGAACUCAGAGGAAUUGAGAAGCAGGUUUAUGAUCUUGAGACUACGUAUCUGCAGGAUCCGAGUCAAUGUGGCAAUGUGUUAAAAGGGUUUGAAGGGUUUUUGUCUUCAUCAAAGAGCACUGCCUUCUUGAAGCGAUCUAGGAAAUUUCAACCUGAAGACAGGCUCUUCUCACUAUCUUCUGUGACAUCCCCCGCAGCGGAAGAGCUUGCAGCUGGACGAGAUGAUGGGAGAUCAGACUUUGGCCCUGGCCGUUCUAAAGGGGGUAUAUACGCUAACGGACAAGGAAAACCCAAGAAAGGAAGACCUGCGCCAAGAGAUGCAAAGAGAGUCAGGCAGAGUGAACAAGACUAUGACUAUGAAGAUGAUCCAGAUAUGAUGUGACUGAGGAACUGCCUGGUUACCUGCCAGUUAGCCAGUCUUAAAACAGAGAUAUAUAGCUUUUGUUUUGAAGUUUUGUUGUGGCAGAACUUCUCAGUGAAGCAUACCCUUCACUUAUGUAAUUCAACCCUCUAUCAGGCUGUAAAUUAGUUCUCCUUGAUUAGAAUUAGUUGUUUCAGUUAUGUUCAAGAAUAGUUCUUUAAGCUCUGUAAGCAUAUUGGACCAUUGUCCUUGCAAAGCUAUGAAAUGAUUAAAAUCAGUUUUUG